UGCAUAGUCUUACACCAUGGCCCCUCUGUGGCGCACUGCGACUGCCAUGCUUACGGCGGCCAGCUUCGGAACACAGGCAUUCGCACAAGAAGAAAGAGCCAGCCUAAAAAUUGAGAUCUCGACAUCAGAAGGAAUCCUCAAUGGAAGCACCAAUGGCAGGAUUGUUUUGCUAUUCGCGCCAGCAGGCACGGAUCCUCUUGAAGACACCGACGUAACCUCAUCUUCCGACUUGUUCUUCGGCAAAAACGUCUACAACUUUACGACCGGAGACACAGUCACUCUUUCUGGAGGAAGCAACAACAACACAGACUUUGGCGUAUAUGGAUGGCCCGAUGUAUCUUUGAGCGAUGUCCCAUCCGGCGACUACACGAUCCAGGCUCUUCUCAAUCAAUACGAGACGGUAACACGGAGUGAUGGUUCGCAAGUCAGCGUUCGGUUUCCGUGUGGCGAUGGAGCAGUACCUCUUGCUGGACCUGGCAGUCUCACCACAUCACCGACCAAUGUUACAGUAUCAGGCAGCGACCAGAUCAUUCAGCUUAACUUCGACAGCGUGGUGCCACCUAUCCAGUUUAAUGGCACUGAAAUUGGAGGAUGCUCUCAAGGCAACUAUGAAGACACAGAGCUCCUGAAGCACGUCAAGAUCCGGAGCGAUGUGCUGAGCACUUUUUGGAACAGAGAUAUCUACGUUGGCGCAAAUAUCAGGCUACCUUUCGGAUACGAUGCAAAUGACACCAACACUCGAUAUCCCUUGCUAUACGAACAAUCUCACUGGGUCGCUGGAGACAGCGAUGACAGCACAUUUGCAAAUACUUGGAACCAAGGAACGAUUCCCGGGGUCAACGGCACAGCAGGACGACCAACACCGAAACUCAUUCUCGUCACGAUCCGCCACGAAACUCCAUUUUACGACGACUCAUACGGGGUGAACACGGCCAACAUUGGUCCCUGGGGUGAUGCGAUCAAUGAUGAGCUGAUACCCGAAAUCGACAGACUUUUCAACACUAUAGCUGCCCCAUAUGGGCGCAUUCAGUCAGGAGGUUCGACUGGUGGCUGGAUUUCCAUCGCAAAUGUCAUAUUCCGACCUGAUCUUUACGCCCAGGAGAAUCAUUGGGAGCUGACUCAAGGUACUUCUUCUCGCUCAUUCUUGCAAUGGGACGUUUGGAACGCUGUCUUUGGUGCGCAAGGACUCAAUGGAUAUCCUCUUGAGCCUUGGGACAAGGUUACUGGGGAGAUAUAUCCAGAGGCAGUCGAGUACUGGAAGCCAAUGGAUUUGUCAAGUUAUGUAACCAGCAACUGGGACAACGAAAAGAACCUUGGCGAAGUACUACGCAACCGGCUCUUCGUUUACGUUGGCACUUGGGAUAAUUACUUCCUGAAUGAAGGCGUCAUGGAAUUCCAAAAGAACGUCGAAUCCAAGGGCGGUCCUGGAUGGGCUAACUUCACCUACAUCGAAAAGGCAACUCAUGGAGGCCAGUAUCAACGAAGAGACAGAUGGGAUUUCCUGGAGCUCGUCGUCGAAUCUAGCAAGAAUAUUGCACCUGACGGAAAAACACCACUGCCUGCUACAGACGCUUCUGCGCGAGGCAACUUGUGGGAGGAGGUCGUGGCACGCGGAGGCCAUCAAGCUGCACUCGACAGGCAAGCUGCGCCCACGAUCACAACGAAAGUCCGUGCUUAUGGCAGGCGCUUCGCUGAGGCAAAUGCAGGACGAUGGGAUCCUGGUGUCAAGCUCGAGGCACAGUGGUUGAUCAAUGGCCAGCCGACGAACGAUCCUCGUGAUACAGUCUCCGUGGGAUUGAACGAGACGCUUCAAUACGAACCGACGAUCAGAAAGCACAACGUGACAACGUUCCAAUUGGCAUUGGAAGUCACGGGGACGAAGCGUGGGUACAAGACAGAGACAAGAGUCAGUCCAAGUGUUGAAUUGUGCGCUUGAAGGCUCCAUCUUGUUAGAUGUAGGCGAAAUGCUGGGAUGCGGCCACGAGUUGCAGCUUUCUACGUGACCUAGAAAUCACUGAGUAACCAAAC